AGGCCCGAGCCGCGCGCGCCGCGCAGGCUCCCCCCGCCUCGCGCCCCCCGCGAAGCGGGCCCAAGCUCGAGCGCUGGGGGCCCCCGACGAGGGCGAGCCGCACCCACGAGAGAGAGCCAGAUGCGGGCGAUGGCGAGGGUCUCGCCGGCAGAGCCCGACCGCCGGGGCCUGCGGGUGCCGGGCGCGAGGGACCAUGAUCCCACGAGCUCGAGAGGGACUGUAGACAGCUGGAGGAGCAGCGGGACCCGCGGAUCCCACAAGCGCGCCCGGACGAUGCUGCUCUCGAGGGUGGACCUCGGGAAGGUGGAGAAACAUAACCUGUCAUGGAGGGAGCGCUGGUAUGGGUCCAGCGUCGCGGCGUCGUGCCGCAAGGGCAUCCGCAGCAGGGCGUUCUCCUGCGUUGCGAUAGUAUGCCUCUUUUGUGCCCUUUUUCUGUACGACACGUUCGUGCUGCUGCAGGUGCCGUCGAACGUCGAGCUGGACGUCGUCCUCACCCUGGUGCUCCUCGUCUUCCUGUCCGAGUUCCUGGGGUUGGCGCUCACGGAGAGCACGUACCCGGGCGGAUUUUUCUUCUGGAUGUGUUUUCUUCCUCGGCCGUCGGCACCCUCUCCAUGCUCUUCGACAUCUCCUACCUCCUCGGGGCCGACGCCACGAGCCCGGAGCGCGUGAGCGAGGCGAGCGCCAACGAGAACGUCGCGCUCGCGCGGGCGGCGCGCACGGCCAGACUGGGGGCGCGCGCCGGGCGCCUCACACGGGUGCUGAAGGUCUUGCGGUUCUUGCCCUUCCUGUACACGCGGAAGGACGGCAGCGGCAAGGUGAAGGUCGCCCACGCGAUCUCCAGCCGACUGAACACCGUGCUGGCGCAGCGGGUCGCCUUCCUGACCAUUGGCAUCGUGGUGACGAUGCCCGUCCUGAACAUGUUUCAGCACCCCGAGACCGACCGUUCCUUCACCUCUUGGGCCAAGCUGCUGGCCAGGAACGUCGAGGAGGUGCUUGCGAGCUCGGGUGGUGCGGCGGAGGCCGCCGUGCGGGUGCGGAUGGACUCUGAGCUGCAGCGCUUCUCGGACUUCUACAAGGACCUGAACUACGGUCCGUACAAGGUCUGCCACGGGGACGGCUCGGGCUGCCAGCCGGAUGGGCCGGACGUGUUGGCGCUGGCGUUCAGCUCGCCCUUCGAGGAGCCCGUGCGGCGCGCCUCGAUCCAGGAGGUUGUCGUGUCCGACUUCCAUGCGUUCUACGACAUGUCGGUCGUCGCGGCGCUGGAGUCGGCCGCAAACAUGGCGUCCAUCGUGCUCGUGGUCGCAGUCAUGUUGGUCUUCGGCCUGCUGAUGAGCAACAACAUCAGCGUCGUCGUCCUCGUGCCCCUGGAGCGCAUGCUGAGCGUAGUGAGGGGGCACUGCAAGCAGAUCUUCAAGUUCGCUGCGGGCAUCCAGGAGGACGACGGCGAGCCUGUGGACGAGGGCGAGGAGAAGACAGAUGGCAACGAGUUCCAGCUACUGGAGGAUGUGAUCGGCAAGCUCGCUGGUAUCGCCGCCCUCUCGACCAAGAAGAGCCAGCCCCGGAUCACCAAAGACAUGAGAGAGGAGGACAUUAUCCAACUCAAUUGGAUGCAGGGCGGGGCCGCUCCCAAAUUUUCGAGCUUCUCGGGGAGGCGAGGCAGUACUCCCUCCGAGCACGAUUUGGGCCCGAGGACCCUUUCUGGUUCGAUGCCCCGGCAGUCGGACACGGGCAUCGUGGACAACAUUCCCUCCGAGGUGCUGGUGUCCUUGGACACAUCGCAUUGUAACGUGCUGGAGUGGGAUAAAAAGCGGCAGCUUGGGGUCUGCGAGUACAUCUUCACGUGCAAGGGGGGCUGUGCAGAGUGGGUGUGCGUCCACGUUGAGAGCCAGACGCUGCAUAAUUUCAUUGCGGCCGUGGAGCAGGGGUACCCGCCGAACCUCUUCCACAACUUUUCCCACGGCGUCGACGUGCUGUGUUCUGUAGCGAGGUUCCUGCAGCUGAUCGAGGCGGGUGGGUUCCUCGAUGAGGUCUCGCAGUACCUCUUGCUUAUCGCUGCCCUGUCACACGACGUCGGGCACCUUGGCGUGAACAAUCAGUUCUUGAUGGAAACCUCGCACGAGCUCACCCUCAAGUACAAUGAUCGGUCUCCGAUGGAAAUGCUGCACUGCUCAAAGCUCUUUCAUAUCGUAAGGGAUCCUUCGUGCAACAUUUUCCACAAGGUCGACAAGGACCUGUACAAAGACAUGCGGAAAACCAUCAUCGAUGGCAUUCUGCACACCGACAUGAGCCACCACUUCAGCAUGGUCAAUGAUCUUGGGCUUCUCUACCAGUUGAACUCGGACGCUUUCGAUCAGCUGACCCCUGGCACUGUGGUAAAGGAUUCACCUCAGACCGUCCAGACUGUUCUGAAUGCGCUCUUGCACUGUGCGGAUAUCUCAAACCCGAUGAAGCCGUGGGAGCUGUGCCACAGAAUUGCCUACAUGGUCCUUGACGAGUUCUUCGCUCAGGGCGACAAGGAGCGCGAGCUCGGCGUGCCAGUCCAGUUCCUGAACGACCGCGCGAAGGUCAACAGGCCCAACUCUCAGGUCGGUUUCAUCGAAUUCGUGAUCGCCCCGAUGUGCGAGGCUUGCGUCCGCUUGUUUCCUCAGCUGUGUGAUUUGGCUGACAACUUGGGCCACAACAUCAGCAAGUGGAGCGACGUGUGGCAGGCCGAGUCGAGCCCUGAGCAGGCGGAGAUUGACAAGGUCACCGCGCGCGUCCACAAGGUGUUGCUGCGCUUUUCCGACCUUCCGCCGCGACUGUCAAAAUAUGGCAUCGCUGUCCUCCUCGCAUCCCAGAGAGAGCUCCGUGCGCCAUGCCCGCCCCCCGUGCGCCACCGACGAGACCCGAGGGACGGACACAGAGGAGACCGAUCCAGCCACCCCGUCCCCCUUUGCGCAAGGGGAGGAGUUGCCCACCAUUCCUCGUCUCUGGGGACAUCGUUGUCCUUGAUGUGCACGCCGCA